CGUUUGUAGACUGUCAUAUAAAUAGGCCAUACGCUGAGUAAAAAAGUACACCCUAUAGACACAAUUGCACCUGCAUAUAUAUCCUUCCUUCACCUCUUCACCAAGUGAAUUGUAACGCAGCAAACCAUUCUCUUCGACAUUACCAUAAUUUUUUUUGUGCUCACCACUUUGUUGUCACCUUUGUUUCUCUAUUGAGUUUCCCCUCCUAGUCAAUUGCAUUUAUCCUCCUCUCUCACAUCAUUAUGUCUAAUUCAGGGACGCCAUCUUCAGAAACACCGCCUAUUGACCUGCUGGCUCAGGACACGAUCAAUAUAGCCUCUACAGAACCAACAGGUCCUCCUGCAUCACCGGCAACGGUUAUUGCGAACCGUAAGAAAAAGGACAUCUCAAAAGUGGUAGUUCGCUUUCGAGCCAUUGGAAAUGCGCCUAUCCUGAAGACAAAUGUUUAUAAGAUCACAGCAUCUAAUAAGUUUUUGGCAGUAAUUCAAUUCUUGCGGAAAGAACUUAACUACAAACAAUCAGAUCCUUUGUUUCUAUACGUGAAUAGCGCAUUUUCGCCAGCACCAGAUGAGAUUGUCAACAAUUUGUUCAAGUGUUUCAAUACGGAUGGGAAACUAAUUGUAAACUACUGCACAAGUCCCGCAUGGGGUUAA